UGCUGCUGUUCCAGCUUCACCUCAUUCCAGAGUUCUCCCUACGAUCACACAACGGGAAUGGCUGGUUCUAUUGGAUACCACCCUUAUGCGGCGCCCCUGGGCACCUACCCUUACGGUGACCCCGCAUACCGCAAGAACGCAACGCGGGACGCCACCGCCACCCUGAAGGCUUGGCUCAACGAGCACCGAAAGAACCCAUAUCCAACUAAAGGGGAGAAGAUCAUGCUGGCCAUCAUCACCAAAAUGACCCUCACACAGGUGUCCACCUGGUUCGCUAACGCCAGGAGGAGGCUAAAGAAGGAGAACAAGAUGACCUGGACCCCUCGAAACCGGAGCGAGGACGAGGAGGAGGACGAGAACAUCGACUUGGAGAAAAAUGACGACGACGAGCCAAACAAGCCUCUUGACAAGGGGGACUCCACAGACACGGAGGCAGAUCACAAACUACUGAACCCAGGGGACAUUGGCUGUGACAGAUUUAAAGAAGAGAGCCAUGGUAAAGAGACAGAUCCCCUCCUGAGCGACUCGGAGUUAAAAGAGCAGGAGGAGCGGACUACGGAGCUGCUGCCGGAUUCCGCCAAGCCGACCACCUCGUCUCCACCAGCGGUGCCCCGGGGGAACCAGGCCGGCGCGACGCAAGACAAACCGUCCGAUUUGAGCCACCCGCAGAAUACGGUGACCAGCAACGUGACCUCUGUUAUUCACUCGCCCCCUUCAGCCCCUAAACCCAAACUUUGGUCUUUGGCGGAGAUCGCUACGUCUUCAGACAGGUGUAAGGGAAGCGGUGAGGCGCAGCAGGCGUGCCCCGGCUUGGGUCAGAGCGCAGUGCUGGGCACCAACGCCUCUCCGUCCCGGUCCUCCCCCCAGUGCCCGCUCCCCAACAGCACGGUCCUAUCCAGGCCUCUGUACUACACCUCCCCUUUCUACCCCGGCUACACGAACUAUGGUGGCAGCUUUGGACCCCUUCACAGUAACCACGGCUCGGUGACCACGGGCUCCACGGCACAUUUCAAUGGAUUAAACCAGACUGUGUUAAAUAGAGCAGAGGCCUUGGUAAGGGAGAGCCAGAAAGUCAGAGGCCAAACGCAGGUAGAUCUUUGUAAAGACUCCCCUUAUGAACUAAAGAAAGGUAUGUCAAAUAUUUAAUACCUGAAUAUUUUCCACGUCACCACGGACUUCUAUUUAUUUUAUUUUAUUUUUUUUGUGGUUGCAUAAAAAAAAAGAAAAAAAACGAACAAGAAGAACGCUGAAGCAAAUUCUGAGAAUAUGGUUAUUUUCUGAGUAAAUGCUUAUCUUCAAAAGAAUUUUUAGUUUCUGAAUGGUUAAUCCUAAAAAUAUGUAACAAGAAUGGUCUUAAUUGCUGCAGCCGCCUAUUUGUAUGAAAGACUAACAUGUAUAUUUAAUGUAGCUUUUUGUAUUUAAAAUGGACAACACGCUAUCUUUGAAGUAAAUUAUGGAGAAAAAAAAACCUACA